AUGGAUUGGUUAUCUCUUUGUGUCUGCGGUACAAAGCGCAAUUCCAACGAUAGAAAGCUCAAGAAGAAUGGAAAGCGUAAAAAGAACAAGAAAUGUAAAAAGAAUUCCAAGCAGAAAGAAUCAUGCAAAGAGUUGCCGUUCAUUGUCGACGAGUUUUUGCGCAAAUCGCAGGAUGAACAAUUAAAAGAAAUCGCAGAAAAAGAUUGGACGAACGGAGAAAUUGUUAAUUAUCUCAAUGAUUGCGCGAUAAAUCAAAUCGCAUUGACUGAUCAAACUGAUCCAUUGGAAGUCAAUGGUUCACUGUCUUAUCAAAUCAGUGAAGAUCAUGAGAGCUUUGAGAAGGAUUCUCUCAAGGACUCGGAAAGAAAUGCGGAAUCUGUUGAAGAACUACGUAAUAUCGAUUAUUAUGACGAUGCUGUGCUGCAUUUGAGAAAUGCAUUGUGUACGGCGGACGAAAAGCAAGUCAAAUGCAUCUCCGAUGAAGAGGCAGAUCUAGACGAAUCCGUUCCGAGAUCGGUGGUAUCCGAAGGUUCGUCUUGGAUGUCGGAAAUCGAAGAUAGACAGGAUGCGGUUCUGGAAUCGAGUUUUGAUAAAAAGUUCCACGAAAGAAUUUCAUCUAGAAUUAAUUUUUCCGACGAGAAGCAAGAAAAGUCGAAGGCGAAAGCCGUCCCGAAGAAAAAAGGAACUAACAGAAACAUUCUUCCACCGAUCAAAGGAAGAUCUCGCACCGAGACUUGCAUGGAUAAUGAGGAACUGCAAGUUCAUGAAGAGACGAAUAAAUUUGGUUUUAAGAGAACCGCAGCGUCUUACGAGCGAAACGAGGUUCGGCGGAAAUUGAACUCUUGCAGCUUCGAGGUUCGACCGUACGAAGAUGAAGAACGGAGUGGAAAAGAAAAAGGCGGAAAAACAAUGAAAAUUCGAGGCGAGGGAUCCAUGAUACCUAGACUCGCAUCUCCACUACGACAGAGAAUGAAUUCGAUCAAGAACGACAGCGAUAAAUCAGAGAUUGUGGAAAACGGUCGCGUUCACUCUGCAGUUGUCUCCGGUAUCAAUUUAGAGCAGCGCACCGUAACUGUAGAAUGGUUCGAGAGAGGAGAAACCAAAGGCAAAGAGGUGGAAAUCGACGCGAUUCUUGCCUUGAAUCGCGAUUUGAAUCAAAAAAUGGGACCACGAAACGAGACUAUAUGUGCGUUGCCGCAGGCGAUGAAGAUAGGACCACGAGACGACAGUAUGUGUGCGCUGCCGCAGGUGAUGAACAACCACAUGUUGGCGUCCUCAAAAGCAAGGGAGCCGGACUCCUCGGCUGAGGAGGACGAGGGAGUCGACGAGUCAGAGAACCAAGAGGAGGGCUCCCUCGGACGCCAUGGUGGUCACACCACGAGAAACGGCCUCGCAACCGCAACGCUUCCUGUACGAGUCACAUCUCGUCUCUCGCACUCCACCAGGCCGUCUAUUCCAGUGAAAGCUGGUUCGAAUAGACAAUUGUCACGACCAACGGGUCGACCGACGAACAUAAUGUCAACCACGUCGGUGAACGGUCACGGCGAAUCAGUUUCCGGUCUCACAGGACGUCGGGAACUCGAGAAUAUACCGCCAACACCGACGACGGCCGCCACGCAAUGCCUGAUGACUCCGGUGCAGAACAGACAGCAGAAACAAGCUCAACAACAGCAACAACAACAGCAGUUACAACAAGCCCAGGUAGAGAAUGGUCGAGGUAGGCGGUCCAACGUCGUCAAAGAAGUCGAGAGAUUGAAAAAGAAUAGGGAAGAGAGGAGGCAACGACAAGCAGAACUUAAGGAGGAGAAGGAAGCGCUAAUGAAUCUGGAUCCAGGCAAUCCAAAUUGGGAGUUCCUUGCCAUGAUAAGAGAAUAUCAAAACAGCAUAGAAUUCAGGCCGUUGCGGGAGACUGACGCUGUGGAAGAUCAUCAGAUCACUGUGUGCGUAAGGAAACGUCCACUUAAUAAGAAAGAGCAUGUGCGCAAGGAGAUUGAUGUGAUCAGCGUACCUAGCAAGGAUCAGAUGGUAGUACACGAGCCAAAGUCCAAAGUCGAUCUUACGAAAUAUCUUGAGAACCAGAUCUUCAGAUUCGAUUAUGCGUUCGAUGAGACGUGCAACAACGAGAUAGUCUACAAAUACACGGCCAAACCGUUGGUUCAAACGAUCUUCGAGGGUGGCAUGGCCACGUGUUUCGCGUACGGUCAAACUGGCAGCGGCAAGACCCAUACAAUGGGAGGUGAUUUCAAUGGCAAAACACAGGACUGCAAGAAGGGUAUUUACGCCAUGGUUGCCAAAGACGUGUUCAAAUGCCUCAAAAUGGCCAAGUAUCGGCCCCUAAAUCUGGUCAUUUCCGCUAGCUUCUUCGAAAUUUACUCUGGUAAAGUGUUCGAUCUUUUGGCGGACAAAGAGAAACUGAGAGUUCUGGAGGAUGGCAAACAACAGGUGCAAAUAGUUGGUUUGACGGAGAAGGUUGUAGAGACUUGCGAUGAAGUAUUAAAGUUAAUACAACAUGGGAACAGCGCCAGAACGAGCGGUCAGACAAGCGCUAAUUCUAAUUCUUCGAGAUCACACGCGGUAUUCCAAAUAAUAGCGCGUAUCCCGGGUACACACAAGGUGCACGGAAAGUUUUCGCUCAUCGAUCUUGCUGGUAAUGAAAGGGGUGCUGAUACGUCGUCUGCUAAUAGGCAAACUCGAAUGGAAGGUGCUGAGAUCAAUAAAUCUCUAUUAGCAUUAAAAGAAUGUAUACGCGCGUUAAGUCGUAAGGGUACGCAUUUACCUUUUAGAGCAAGCAAGCUGACUCAAGUAUUAAGGGACAGUUUUAUUGGUGAAAAAUCAAAAACAUGCAUGAUAGCAAUGAUUAGUCCCGGGAUGAGUUCCUGCGAGCAUUCCCUAAAUACAUUGAGAUACGCGGAUCGAGUGAAAGAAUUGGCGGCAACUGAUCCUACCGAAAUAAAAGCUUCACCGACUGAUGAUGACCGGGGAAUGAAAAUCGAGGAACAGGGAAACAAUAGUGUAUUGUCGGAUAGUGAUUUAGCGCAGCUUCGAUCUCUCAAUGAAGGUGAACUUUCGCAAGAUCUGUACACUUUCCAUGAGGCAGUAUCAGCUCUGCAAAUGUUAGAAGAAGAAGUGUUGGACACGCACAAACUGGUCAUGGAUAAUACGACUAAAUUCCUUAACGACGCGCAUAGUGUGUUCAGCGCGACUCAUGAAGUGGAUUAUGAUCAAGAAGAUUUGAGGCGGAAAAGAACAAAGUUUGAGUCACCCUACCUGAGGAGUUUCUCAUUACGUAGACGUCUUAUAGAGAGAAAACUAUUUUCCGACGCAUAUGCCCAAAAGUGGGAGCAGUUGUUAAUACAGCAACGUGACAUUCUGAACGCUGCGCUCGACCAAGUCAGCCAGUUCCGCGGACAGCUGUUGCAGGAGGAACAAAUCAGCCAGAAGAUGACCCGAAUGCGCAACAUCUCCACGCGGUACAAUUAAAAAUGUUAUCUUUAGCGAACGCGAAAAAAAAGACACAUAAAGUAAUUAUUUCUCACCGGUGAAAAAAGUCCGCUUCUUAUGUGUGUAUCGACUCUUAAUUACAACAGCGCGCGAAAAGCAGAUAUGCCAUGACACUAGUGCGACAGUCAUAGGAACGCAAAAUGUAACAAAUGUCUUGCCUUCGAAAUUGCUACGAAAUGUACGUCGUCGAUAUAGCAAAAAGCUCGACUCGUAAAUCUCACCUUAGCGAUCUUGUAUCAUAUAACGAUUCUUCUCGAAUGAUUCUCCAUUGUAAAAAAUGAAAGAAUAAGAAAAUUCCGCAGGAUGGGAUAUGUAAGCCGAAGUAUGGCAGGCAUAAUAAUAAUUGCUUAAGGAUUCAUCAGCGAAAAAUUAUUUGUUUUUACCGCAAUAGAUACGUUCGUCUCGGCGGAAGUCGAAGAACUUUUUUUAGCUAGGUUUUCUAUUUAGUGCCUUUUUUUAGUUUCAAACUGUAAGAAAUUUUAAGCAAAUCCAAAAUUUUUCGCGAAAACAAUGAUUCACACAUAUUUGAUUUUGGCUCGGAAAUCAAAGUUUUGUCAGUAUGUAUUAUAAUUGCAUAUUUAUCGAAAUGAGUUCUUACAUGUUCUACAUAUUUUUGGGCCGCACCGAGACCAGCAAAAUUUUAAGCCGUCAACGACACAUCGAUACUCUAUUGCAUAUACCAUUUGUUCAUCAUUGAAAUGCAACGCACCGCAAAUAACAAUGCAUAAGUUAUUACGCCGUCAGAUAAACACUCGUUUUUUAGGCUGUAGGAUGCUAGGUAUAUUAUUGAGGGGACCCAAUGUAUUAUUGGAUAAAGGAAAAAAGCCUUAGUGAGCCGAUUUGCCAAGAAACGCAUGUCAUGGCGAUACUUUGUAUACACUCAUUUAACACACGCAUACACAUGUACACACACGCGAUCGACUCUUUCAUAAACCAAAUAACGACUGAUUUCGAGAGGAUGAACAAAAAAGAAUGUAACUCUUAGCUCGUAAGAAACUAUUCAGCGGCGCUCUUAUCCGGAUAUUUAAGUUUCUUAGUAUUAAUAUCGUCGACGGCAACAAACGGUCUUUUUUUUUUUACGUUAUUAAAAGUAUGAGAUUAAAAUCUUCAUUUGAUUUAUCAACGCAUACUCUUGUGUUUUUUUCCUCACUCUGUCGAAUCGUAACGCUCGCAAAGUGAUCUCAGCAUGUGCGCAAACUUGACAAGCUUAACUACGGAUACGUCCACUGGAAUACCGUCGAUUUUUAUCACGAUUAUAGUUACUACAGUGAAGUUUUAAUGUUGCCCCUAUGGAUAUAUUUUCUUUUUGACCAGAGGAGAUUGAUUCUUCGUAAGAUAUAAAGCAAAGAUUCUAAUCCCAUUUCUGACCUCUACAUUCUCUAAGAUACAUCGCGAUAAUUGAUACCAAUAUAAUGCUAAUAUUAUAUUAUCUGGAAUUAAUAUAAAGACAAAGAACAGCAUUCUUUGGCCGGAAAUAUAGAACUUCUUCAAUAAGUAAUAAGAAGCUAAUGAUGUUUCAGCAUUUGUAUAUAAAUUAAACAUAGCCAUUUUAUUUUUCCUUUAUAUUUUACUGCCGGUUUCUCGAUGUUCGUUUCUAUAACUCAUGCAGACCGACUAGUUUUGUCUUAUCACGAUUUGUUGAAGAUCAUUGCAUUACGAUGCAAGAAAAUAUAUCGCACCGCAGUCGCACUAGACAAUAGAGAAUUAAGAAGAUUUAUAACGUGUAUCGCGCGCACGUCACACGACUUUAUCUCUUGAAGAUUUCACUCCAGAUGCUCUUGUAUAAGCGUAAAAUCCUCGUGCGUGUCAGUCUCGCGAGUUAACAAUCAUUACUACGUAUACGCUCGAUUUUGUAAACGUGUAGAAUGUUUUAAUAACUCGAGGAAAGUUACUCUCAGUCUUGGAACUUAGAAAUAAAUUAACAAAGUAACAACAAUAUAUAUAACGCGCGGAUAGAUGAGAGUAACGGAGCAUCGAUCUUUCUUGUGUUGACAAGAUUUACGAUUUUUUAUAUAAAUAUAUAGAAUACUCAGCGCGGAGUUGUAAAGAAAUUGUUUGAGAUUACUGUUAUAUUAAAAGAUGAGAUAGUCACGCAUGCUGCCGCGAGGGCAUUCUCUAACUUAAUACUUAUCGAAUAUAUAAUAUUGAUUGAAAAUUGUGACCACACACACGUAUUAGCGAGUUGUGCUUCACUUGUCGAUAAAAUUUAUCCCUCGCUACAUAUCCGACAUCUUUGCGAUGGUUGCUAAAUAGGUAUGUGUCACCUUGAUUAACAAACGCUAAACGUUUCCGAGGCAGUUUACGGCUGCUGUAGCUCAGGCACAUAUGAUAUUUCCCCAUUGUCGGUUUUCUAACUUAGUUUUUCUUUAAGAUGAAAAAAAUCGCGUUUCACCACCUCGAAUAUAGUAUUUUUUAAUAAAUAGUGGCGCGAUAGGGAAAGAUGAGGCUUAGUAAUCGAAAGAUGUUAAUAUAUUUCUUAUUUUUUUAUAACUGUAUAAUUUAUGCGAGAAGAGAAGGAGAAAUCAAAUAUACGACACGUAUCCUCCCUACAUCCUUGUCCUAUUAUAUGUCGUACUUAAUAGUCGACUUCUGAACUAUUCUAAUUCGAUGUGCACAGAAAAGUUUUGGAUACGUAUGAGA